AAAUAAACUCAAGUACUUUUUUCUUACUUUCAUGAGUGAUUCUUUCUAUAGCAAGAAGCCUGAGUGGGCUGACAUUACGCCAGUUCCCCAAGAUGAUGGACCAAAUCCUCUCGUUCCCAUUGCUUAUUCUUCUGACUACAAAGAUGCCAUGGACUAUUUCCGUGCUGUAAGCAAAAAUGACGAAAGAUCCCCUCGCGUUCUCGAAUUGAUUGCAGCAAUUAUUGAAAUGAACCCAGCUCAUUACACUGUUUGGCAAUAUCGUCAGAAAGUGCUGUUUACACUUGGCUCUGACCUCAACAAAGAGCUUGAAUAUAUUGAUUCUAUUGCUGAAAACCAGUCAAAGAACUACCAGAUUUGGCACCAUAGACAAGUGGUCGUAGAAAAAUUAGGAAAUGGUGACAAGGAACUGGAAUUUAUCAAUGAGAUUCUUGAAGGAGAUUCCAAAAAUUACCAUGCAUGGUCUUACAGACAAUGGGUUGUUGCACAUUUUGACAAAUGGGAUGAAGAACUAAGUUUUACAGAUGACAUGUUGGUUUUUGAUAUCCGUAAUAACUCUGCUUGGAAUUAUCGUCAUUUUGUUUUGUCAAAUCGUCCUCGCAAAGUAACAUUAGAAGAACUUGAAGAUGAGAUUGAGUUCUCAAAGAAGAAGAUUGCAUUGGCACCCAACAACCCAAGCAGUUGGGCAUACCUGUCAUCGAUAUUGGAAAAGGCUAAAAAACAAUUGGCUGAGAUGAAAGGGUUCUUGGAGUCUUUGCGUGAAAAGGAAAUCACUUCUCCUCAUCUCUGGUCAAUGUAUAUUGAUAUGUAUGAGCAAAAUGCUGUCCGGGAUAAGAAACCAAUUGACCCCGAAGCUAUCGAGAUGUGCGACCGCUUGGCAAACACAUUUGACGCAAUUCGACAAAAUUAUUGGAAUUACAAGAAAUCAAAAUUGAUGUUGCUGUAAAGGAAAGAGAGGGGAAAAGGUGAAAAAAAGAAAAGAGAUUAUUGUGGGUUAUUAAGAAAAAUAAAAAAAUAAAGCAAAACCUCUUGAAGUUAAUUAUAUC